UCUGCCGGGUGAAUGACGUGAAGUCGGGGGCGCGGACGCGGAGCAGCAACUCUGACGAGAGCGUCAACAGGGAGUGGCGCAACGAGUUGCCUGGCGCGGGUUAGGUGUUAGGAUCGGAUGGACGUGGACGGGGAGGACGAGGAAGACUUGUUCGAUGCUAUCCUUCAACCCCCCGACCAGGACGACCAAGACCUGCUGAGCUUCUUCCUUUCGCCGGAUGGACUCGACACCACCAACGAUAUCGUCUGCUCACCUCCCGCCGCCGAUGGUGAUGGUGGUGGCAUGACCACCCGCUCGCGCAACAGCAGCGGCGGCGGCGGCAGCGGCGGCGGCGGCGGCGGAGUUAGCGGCUCUCGUCGCUCGUCUUCCCCCCCCGACCUCCCGUCGGCGGUGACGGCAACUCAGCGGCGCCGAGGGAUGCAGCAACAGCAGCAGCAGCAGCAGCAGCAGCAGCAGCAGUACCCCUCGCCGUACAACCCGUCCCUGGAAACAAUGACACAACAAGCAACACCAGCGUCAGCAGCACCAGCGUCACCGCUGCCAUCGAUGGCGGGAUUGCUAUCGGGCGCGGCUCCUGCUGCUUCUUCGGGGGAAAUUUACGCCCGGCUUCCUUCCAGAAACACGAGUAACAGCAGCAGCAUUCCGAGCCUGUCGGAGAACUUCGGGAAUCCUGCUGCGGCUGCUGCAGCUGCCGUGGAGAGAGGGAGCGGAGGGGGAGGGGGAUCUCAUGUCGGCAUGUCCAAGAAGUUGUUAGGCCCGCGGCCCCGUGGCAUAGGCAACGCAUCCGGCGUUCAAGCGAUGGAAGGAGUUGAAGACAAGCCUAGUAGGUUCGAAUCGACCAUCGGGGGGGGCGCGGCCAGCGGCGGGGACGGCGGGGGGGGUUGGAUCGGCGGGGUCAUGCCGCGCCACGCAAGGGCCACAAGCCUGUCAGGCGUGCCAGGGGGUGGGGUGGAGGUGCUACCGCGGAGCCCCGGCGCUGCCGGUCUUGCUGGUGGCAGUGCUGCUGCGGGCUUUUCUGCUACCCAUCCCCCCGCUGGCGUUACGCCGAUGGGGCGUCGGUUGUCGCCCUCCCACGGGAGUGCAACGUUGGGGGACGAGAGGCGGCAGAAGCGGCUGGCGAGGAACCGUGAGAGCGCGAGGCAGUCACGACGGCGCAAGAAGGAGCACCUCGAGCUCCUGGAGGAGAAGAUUGGCCAGCUGACGGCGACGUUGGAGAACUUGAAGGUGUUGCAGCUGCACGACGCGGCUCGUCAGCUGAGGGAGCUCAAGCGCCAGAGCCUGGGGGCACUGGAGAGGCACCUCGCUGCUAUGGACGCCUCCGUGGCCGCCUCCUCCUCCUCGGGCGGGGGUGACGGUGCUUCAAGUAGUGGCGCCCCUCCCCCGUCGCCCUCUACCCUGCCUGCAGACAUGGAAGACGCGCUAGCGAACGGACUGAGGCACAUGUCCGGCAGGGUCGGGGCGAACUGCGGCGAGCGGAGGGCGGUGGUGAGCUACCAGCUCAGGCUGCUGGAGGGCCUCGCGGCUCCGCCGCACGCGCGCGUGCUCAUGUCGCUCGCCGUGCAGGAUGAAAGCUCUUUCCGGGCGCGACAGCAGCAGCAGCAGCAGCAGCAGCAGCAGCAGCAGCCACCCAACCUAGCCUCGGCCCGCCCACCAAACAUCGCCACCGACAUCAUCAGCCCGGGAAGCGGCCGUAGCGGCGGUAGCGGCGACGCCCGCAGCGCGGCCACGACGUUGUCGACGAACCAGACGAGCCAGGAGGAGUCUCCAGACAACGGCGGAGGCGGCAGCGGUGGCGUGUCUCCGAGCAGCGCUACUUCUAACACCGUGGUGGCUUCGUCCUCAUGGUCGGCGGGAGAAGAGGGAGGGGGCGGCGGCGGCGGCGGCGGAAGCAGCAGUAGUAGCAACAGUAGCAACAGUAACCUUUGGCGACUUCUCUGCCAGGAGCUGGGGCUCACCGAUUCCCAAGAAGGACAGUUUCUCCAGCUCCAGCGAGCGGUUGCGGCAAGCCCCCCUACGCUGGCGGAGAGAGAUCGACUCAGAAGGCUAUCUCGAGUGCUGGCGGGGCUCAGGGCUUCCACUGAGGCUUGCAUGGCGGACGCGCAUGCCAGAGCGGCCACGCUGAUGGAAAUACUCACUCCCUCGCAGACGGUGCGAUAUCUCGGCUGGGUGGCGAGAACGGCGGGGGACCACGGAGAUGCUCCGACGGCACCUCCUUCCCUCACCAGCCUCUUGGCCGCUACCGCUACCGCUACCGCUGAUACUUGUGCUACCACCGAUCCUCCCUCCGUUGCCGCCACCGCCGCCCGGCCUGUGCCACGAUCACCACCGGCGACCUUGCGAUCCGGGGAGGGGAGGGGUUUUGACAAUAGCGGGGAGAGGGGAGAGGUUUUACGGCUGUGGCGCAAGCGAAACGAAAACUUGACGCUAGAGGAGAUGGAGUGGUUAGUGCUCUGGGUUAGGCGUAUGCAAAGUACGCGGCGGCAGCGGCAGCAACAGUAAUGAAGACGAUAAUGCAGCGGCGGCGUCAGCGCUUUUGGCGGCGACAUGAAAAUUGGCCAAUCAGAAAAUUUCGGGUAGUGAUGUAUGCAUGUGAUUUGCAGUGCGUGCAUGCGAUACUGCACUAGAGGGUGCAUACCAUCCGGGAUUUGUCGCUUGCUUGGGAGAAAUAGUGGUAGAGAAGUAUCAAAAAGAAAACAGCGUUUGGAAACGGUUUCUGUCCGAUCAGGUUUAGGCUGCGUGAGCUACGCAAACGCGGGUAGUAAUUGUCAUCAUGUGGUACAUAUAUAUUUUUUGUGGCUGUUUGUGUUGUCGUUGCAAAUUACUACUGCUUGUUUCCUGAGAGCCGGCUGGGUUGUCUUGUAGCAGCCAGCUGCUCGCGGUGUCGUGUGUGGAAAACCCCGCAGGGGUGGGAGGUGGACGAAGUGUAAAAAAGGUUGUUCAUUGUCGUGUUUGUCACACGAUACCCGUUGUUGUUAAGGUCGCGUCUGUCUCAGCUGUUGAGACGAACCGUCAUCCUACUCACUCACUCACGUUUUUGAGACCAUUUCUUCCGGCCUCGGCGGAACACUUGUCUCAUUUUUCCCCCACAAUCCGUUUCGUCGCUACGGCUGUGAAGCAGCAGGUCGCGCGUGUGGCCUAUCGCAUGCAAACACGUCCCACCUGCGAAAACGGCACCGAGCCCAUUCGCCCAGGUCUCGCGAACCUGUCGGGCGUGUUGGCAUGGGCGGUGUAAGUCUGACCGUAGCUCACACCAUGCACCUCCAUGUAGUGUCGGCAUAAAUGGCUUGUAUGGUGUACUGAUGCGAUACUUCCGGGUGGGGCAAGGGCACAUGAUUUUGCUCGAGACGGGGUUGCGCAGGUAUUUUGUGCGGAAACGCGCGGGAGGACCACCGUAGCAUACUAGACUAUUCGAUUUGUUGGCCAGGACUUUUGGGCGGGUGCUUCCUGGAACUAAAUGGUGUAGAUUACUGUUUUGCUUCGUGCUUGACUGUUGUCCGUGUCGUACGGUGCGAAAACAGGCACCAGGUACCCUAGAAAAAAAGGAUGAGUGAACGUGUUGGCCAGGUAGUGUGGCUUUGAGGUAAGACUGAUGUUGCAGCAAGCAGCCUCGGUGUUCUGGUCCAUAUCGUCUGGUCUGUUUGUUUGAUUGCCGAAGGGAGAACGAGACAGAAACUGGUCCGAAAGUGAGAUGUCCGGCUGCCUGU